GAAUUUUUUCAAUUAUCGUCAGUUAAUACUAACUGUAAAUGUGUAGUUUAACGCUUGUAAAUUGUGUCAGCAGCUGAAAUAAUUUUAAUUGGGAACCCUAGCUAGUGUCGUGAUCCAUCAAGUGAACUUUUACUUAGUCAUAUACUACACCACUGUGAAUCGGUGCGAUGAAAACGUAGAAUUUGUACUUGCGAGAAUUUACAGUUUCCCUACAAAAGUUUAAAACAAAGAAACCUAGUUUCCUUGAAGGAUUCACGAUGGGUGUCCCCGCGGCUAGAAAUCCAGAAACAACCGAUAUGGACGUCGAAGUGAUUCCUGACGGUCAAAACGGGACCGGUUCUGGAGACGUUUCAGACAAAAAGGACGCAGACCUUCAAGCUAUUCAGGACAUUCGUGAACAUAGUCGUCAAAUAGAGAAAGCCGUACAGAACAAAGAGCCACGUUUCAUCUUGAGAGCUCUCCGCACUCUACCAAACACGCGUCGCAGAUUAAACUCCGAUGUCCUGCGUGGAGUGAUCCUUAGUUUGUACACGAAACCGUGUGCAGAACGUGAAGCAUUAUUGAUAUGGUUGGAGGAAACCGCGGAAUCUGAUGAAACGCAGAGACUGAAAAUCUCUACCAUGGGCUCUCUCCCUGAGAUCGACGCCUAUGUCCACUUGCUGGUUCUCGUGCGCUUAAUCGAUGCCACGAAAUACGAAGAAGCUGUUAAGUGUGCCGAGGCAUUGUUACAGAAGAUAAUCGCUAUAAACCGACGUACGAUCGAUGUGAUCGCUGCCAAGUGCUAUUUCUACUAUUCGAGAGCCUACGAGCUAGUCGACAGACUGGACAAGAUUCGUGGACUCUUGCAUUUGAGAUUGAGAACGGCGACGCUCAGAAAUGAUUUCGAAGGGCAGGCGGUUUUGAUAAACUGCCUGUUACGGAAUUACCUGCAUUACAAUCUCUACGAUCAGGCGGACAAACUUGUAUUGAAGUCAACUUUCCCGGAAUCGGCUAGCAACAACGAAUGGGCUAGAUUUUUGUAUUACUUGGGACGCAUCAAGGCAGCUAGAUUGGAAUACUCUGCCGCACACAAGUACUUGGUACAGGCUCUCAGGAAAGCUCCGCAAAGCACUGCAGUGGGUUUCCGUCAGACGGUUCAGAAGCUGGCCGUGACGGUUGAGCUCCUGUUAGGAGAUAUCCCGGAACGUCAAACGUUCAGGCAAGCCGCGAUGCGUCGCGCGCUGGCACCGUACUUCCAGCUGACGCAAGCCGUGCGACUAGGGAACCUCCAACGUUUCGGCGAGGUAUUGGAGAACUUUGGCCCGCAGUUUCGAGCCGAUUACACGUUCACUUUGAUCCUCAGAUUGAGGCACAACGUGAUUAAAACUGCGAUCAGAUCGAUUGGACUGUCUUAUUCGAGAAUUUCUCCCGCGGACAUCGCGAAGAAGCUGGGUCUGGAUUCCAGCGUCGACGCGGAAUUCAUCGUCGCCAAAGCGAUCAGAGAUGGUGUUAUAGAAGCCACUUUGGAACCGGAGAACGGUUACAUGCGGAGUAAAGAGACGACGGAUAUUUAUUGCACCAAGGAACCGUUGCUCGCGUUUCAUCAGAGGAUAACGUUCUGCUUGGAUUUGCAUAAUCAGAGCGUGAAAGCUAUGAGAUAUCCCCCGAAAUCGUACGGGAAGGACCUCGAGUCGGCGGAGGAACGCAGGGAACGGGAGCAACAGGAUUUAGAGCUCGCAAAAGAAAUGGCCGAAGAAGACGAUGACGGAUUUCCUUAGACUGUUUAUUGCCUCGAUAAGUAAUCGUUUAAUUAAUAAACUAGUUUACGAAAUGAUUGUCAGGUCCUUGCGUUCAGUACCAACGGUAGAAUAACAAUUUUGCUUUUAACCUGCAGUGUUCUCGGUGAACGAAAUUUGAAAUUUAAUAAAUUUUGUAAAAAUGUUGUAACUUUUUAUAAGAAUGAAAGAGGGCAGUGAAGCUAGAUGAAUAUAUAUACAUAUACAUUUACCGUAGUAUUGUAGUAAAAUCGCAAAUAAUUUAUUUUCAGUAAAAUUUUCACAGUACAUCAUUUUACAGAAAUUCUUAUUUAGUGAUUCGGUAACUCUUCCAUCUGUAACUAAUUAUAGGAUAUACAAGCUGUACAAAGUUUUCAAACAUCAAUAAUUUUGUUUUAUUAACGACAUUGUUAGUGUGAAAAUAUUCAAGUCAAAAUUGCGUGAGUAAGAAUUGAAAAAUAAGCACAAAUAGGAAAAUUUGUUGUCGACGACACGGGCACGAUAAAGAAAAAAUCAAUUACCAUUAUUCGGUAUGCAGAUAUUUACAUGGAUCAUACCUUCCAUAAAUAAAAAUCAUUUCUAAACUAAA